CCUCACUAUAGUAGUGUUCGUGCUUGUGGUAGUGACAAAAAAAUUGUGACACCCCAAGAACAAGGAAAACUACUUGUUAUUUACAGAGUUUGAAUCAAAUUUCCAAAAUAUAUUAUGGUUAUUACGGAGAAUAUUAGUAAUGGUAAUAAUUUAUUGGGUCGUAGGAAGGCAAUUGAGGAGCUUGAGAAGGGUCGUGAAUUUGCAAACAAGCUUAGGGUUGUGAUCAGUGGUGGUGAAGGGGGUGUUGAUGGUGAACAACUUGUGGAGAAGGUUCUUAUGUCAUUCACAAACUCACUCUUGAUCUUGAACAAGAACACUGGUUCUAAUAAUUGUGAUGAGGUCUAUGAUGUUCCUUCUUCAUGUGGGAUCAAUCCAACCAAGUCUGAGGAUUCACUUGAGAGUAAUUGCAAGAGCUCCGUUCAUAAAGAACGUAGAGGGUGUUACAAGAGAAGAAGGACUUCACAAGUAUUGGAGAAGGAGUCUGAAGCUCCAAUUGAUGAUGGUCAUCAGUGGAGAAAGUAUGGCCAAAAAGUUAUCCUUAAUACCAAACAUCCAAGGAACUAUUACAGAUGCACUCACAAAUAUGACCAAGGUUGUCUAGCAACAAAACAAGUGCAACAAGUUGAAGAUGAACCAACACUUUACAAGACCACAUACUAUGGAAACCACACUUGUAGGAACACCCUGAACCCUACAAUCAUAUUGGAUGAAUCCAAUGAUUCUCCUUCACAAUCUUCAAUGUUCCUCAGCUUUGAUAAUUCCCUACCAACAAAACAAGAAUGUCCUAUUUUCCUCUCAUCAUCAUCUGUAGUAAUCAAGAAGGAAGAGGAGUUCAAGGAGGAGGACCUGAAUAAUAAUAAUAAUAAUAAUAAUAAUGUUCCUUCAUGUUCUUCAAAUGAUUACAUGAUAUCUUCGGAGCUUACUUUUGAUAACUACUCAACGCAUCAUCAUGUUAAUGCUUUAUCAUCAACACUUGACUCAGAUGAUGUUAUUUCUUAUGAUCCUUCUCAGCUUGAUGAUGCCAUUGAGCAUUUCUUUGUUACUAAUAUAUAUUGAUGAAUUUUGGAUUUUAGAUAUGUUUUCCUUUGUAAGUUUUGCCCCCUUCUAAUUAUGUAGCUUGAAGUGUUUGAUUUAGAUAGAUAGGUAGCUUGGGGUCCGAUCCAUGUAUCUCUCAUCUGUUAAAUAUGUACUUCUCUUCCAUUUUCAAUGAAAAAAAUUGUUAAUUAUUUUA